CGUAUGACGCGUGGGGCCACGCGACCUGUUCGGGGUGUCUCGCACCGUUGGGACUCCAACUGCCCUGGUUAUCAACACGCUUGGUGGGCGGGGGCAGAGGCAGCAGGAAGCAGGGCUGCUAUCGCCGCGAGGAAGCUACGCCAUGUCCGGGAAGUAGGCAGCAUUGCGGGCUAUCGCAGGGCAAACCCCCUCCCAGGCUGCCCACGCCCUCGGACGCUCUUCUUAUCAGCUUAUCUUCCCUCGCGGCGUUCGCGAAUAAGUCGGCAGUUAUUUUCUGACGCAGGAUGCGUCUCCCCGUCGUCGGGUUGCGGGGCUUCGACGCAGCCACGUUCACUCGCGCGGGGGGACUUGACAAUGUAAGCUCUGGGACGCUGCGUACUUUGCCCUCUGAUCUGAACACGCCUAGAAUCGACAGCUAUAGAUUUUCCAUGGCCAAUUUAGAAGAUUCCCAAGAUGUCGACCUGGACGCAAUUCUCGGAGAACUGUGCGCCCUGGAGUCCCAGUACGACCAGGCCAUUGGCAGCGGCAGGAACGCCUCGAACAGCAACAAGCGAACAUCGGCACCAGCGGUGCAUUCGGGCCUGGACGGCGCGCGCGGCCAGCAGCUGCAGGGUCCCGGGGCAGUGCCGCCACAGCACCACCGCCGCACCCACUCACGGUCCAGCUCCGAGGGCAACCGCUUCAAGCUGGAGCCCGGGGACGGCGACCCGCUGGCCAAGAGCGAAGGGGUGAUGAGAACAGAAAGCCCCGACAACGACUCGGCCUUCUCCGACAAUGUGUCCAUGCUGUCCAGCGAGAGCUCAGCCUCUAGCGGCGGCAGCGGUGGACGGACGGAUGGCUCCAAGUCCAGUGGCCUUAGCCUUGCUCCUUCGCCGACACAGAUGGACCAGGCGAGCCGAAUCAAGGCGGAGAAGAUCCGCAUAGCCCUGGAGAAGAUGAAGGAGGCGAGCGUGAAGAAGCUGUUCAUCAAGGCCUUCUCGGUGGACGGCAGCACCAAGAGCCUGAUGGUGGACGAGAAGAUGACGUGCGCCUACGUCACCAGGCUGCUCGCUGACAAGAACCACGUCCACAUGGAUCCCAAGUGGGCCGUCAUCGAGCACCUGCCCGACCUCUACAUGGAGCGGGUGUACGAGGACCAUGAGCUGCUGGUGGAGAACCUGAUGAUGUGGACCAGAGACUCCAAGAACAAGCUGCUGUUCGUGGAGCGUGCCGACAAGAUCCAGCUGUUCACCCACCCGGAGAACUUCCUCCUGAGCACCUCUGAGCAGGGCUGCGACUUCGACGACCACGCCAGGGCCCUGCUGCUCGAGGAAUUCUUCUCGGGCUCUGGUGUUGGUGUUCCCGAAGUGGAAGGGCCCUUGUAUCUGAAAGCAGACUCUAAGAAGGGCUGGAAGAAACACCACUUCGUGCUCAGGGCAUCUGGACUGUAUUAUUGGCCCAAAGAGAAGGUCAAGUCUUCCCGAGACCUUGUUUGCUUGGCGACAUUCGACGUAAAUCAGGUGUAUUGUGGUUUGGGCUGGAAGAAGAAAUACAAAGCCCCUACAGAUUUCUGCUUUGCUAUCAAGCACCCGCGGCUUCAGCAACCCAAGUCCACCAAGUACAUCAAGUUCUUGUGCGCUGAAGAUGAGAGCACGCUGCAGAGGUGGAUUGUUGGCAUUAGAAUAGCCAAGCACGGGCGCCAGCUGAUGGACAGCUACCGCGGCCUGGUGGACGACCUGGCCCAGGAGGACCUGGACCUGCUGGCCCACGCCCGCAGCUGCUCCGUCAGCUCCAUCGCUGCGGCGGCCUCCACUCCGGGCCGGCCGGCCGCCACCCCGGGCUCCGACGAGGGCGACCGCCAGGCCUCCACCCCCACCGGCGCCGACGGCCUGCCAGGUCCUACGAACCGUUUGCGGCGUCAGGAUUCAUCGCGAAGCCGUGCAUCCAGCUCAAGCUCCAGUGGCUGCCUGAGUGAUGGAGCGCCUUCUUCCUGUGAAGUGGGCUUCGAGUGUGAGUUCCCUAUGGGUACGAUCAAGCGCAAGCCGUCAAUGAACCCGAAACUUCCUCUCACGUCUAUCACUCGACAGUUAAAAGAAGUUGGUGAGACUGUGGUGGACGGGGAGAUGGCAGAUCGCUGCCACAGCCCGGGUUCCAGCUCCAGCGGGGGCGGCACUCUGACGCGAAAUGGACUGACGCGACAAAGUAGGCGGCGGUCGUGUGCAACCGAAGAUUCGGGUAGCAACUCCGGAACCCUGAAGAGGCAUCACAGCCACCAUUGCAACUCUCUUGAUUCCAACCGCCCUCCUUCCGCAUCAUCCUCGAAUGCAUCUACGCCCAUUAGAGAGAGAACAGAAGAAAUUGUGUCACCGACCAAGUCUUUCUCAAAAGCUGAAGUGGUGGAAAGCACAGCCGAGGAAGAAGUUGUAAUAGUUCCAUUAGAGUUACAAGAGGAUAGUGUGUGUGAUCCGGAGACCAUGUCCUUGCCUCCUCCUCCGUCAGAAAUGUUUGAAAGCACUCUGAGUUUGGACUCGCUCCCCCCACCGCCUCUGCCGUCAGAGUUACCGGUGUACACUGAUAUCUGUGGGAGUUCCUUGUCAUUAGUGUCCCUGCCCCCACCACCUAGUCCUUGUAUAGACACCAAUACAAUUCGGAGGCAACAGCAGCAGACAACAACUCCCCAUUCCUCAGCAUCCACCACUCCCACCAACACCUUGUCGCCCUUAACAACCCCGACUAGAACACGGGCCUGUUUUUCUCCACCUCCUUAUCAUGACCCUCCUGCCUCGCCCCGGGUGCCUCCGAAACCUCUUCCUGUCCACAAACAAAAUUCCCUCUCACGGCAACAGAGCUUCGAAAAUGGCACCGGGAGUGUUUCCGGCUCCUCUUCGCACUACGCUGUUCCUCCGUACUUGGCCGAGCUGAAAGCUGGCUCGCCCAUGUUGGUGAGGAAAACAUCAUCUUCGAGUGAUGCAUCCAUGGGAUCAAGCACAAAGAGUCCCAUCAGCCCAGCAACUCCUUCCUCGCCUCCACGUUUGUCCAGCGCACCAAAGAGCCCCAUUCUUCUGACGAAACAGCGGUCAAGGACAGCCCCAAAGAAAAUCUCAUUCAAUUUCACUCCCGAAGAAAUAGGCUCCCCACUCCCCCCUGCAUCACCCACGUAUGCAAGCCGGUCCCUAAAUAAGAAACCUUUACCGCCAAAGAGGAGCGAGAGUACGAGACUCAGCGCAGCAGGAAUGAGCCCGAAAAGACUUUCGGACGCAGACUCCACCUUAACUCCACCACCCAAAGACUUUUUGAAAGACUUGCAGCGAGUGAUGCGGAAGAAGUGGCAAGUGGCCCAGAAGUGCAAGCUAGACACGUCCACGACCCCACACGAAGUUUUGGGCUUCCGGGAUCCCCCGCCGCCAAUUGCAGACUACCGGGAGACCAACGUCAGCAACUGGGUGCAGGAACACUACGGACACCGUGAUAACUUGUACGAAAACGUGUACUUAGUUGGUGGGAACAGGACUUCGGAUCCACAGAACCCGACUGUGCCAGAAGUAACGUACGCUUCCAGGCCUGUGUCCAGGAGUCAGGGUAACGGAGUGGAUUAUUAUAGUAAUAGGCAAGCUCCCAGUGUUGCUGCGGCACUGGCGUCGAAGAAGAGGCCACCGCCUCCUCCACCCAAGAGAAGCGAGACGACGCAGCUGUCCACAAGACUGCACUGAUGGUAGGCUGGCCGGCCGGAGAUGCUGACUGCUGGUUUAUCUGUCGUAACGCCAGUCUCCCAGCAUUUUGUAUUGUACCUUAUUUCUAUUUUGUUGCGACAUCUAAUGGUAGCUUCUACUGUGCCGACGAAUGUGUGUCGCAUAAGAAAUUUAAAUGUGCCAAUGUUGAUGGAUUUUUCUUGCCGCUGUAGCAGAAAGAUUUUUUUGCAAUCAGUUGGGUGGGGGAAAAAAUUGAUGUUUGUUUACCAAAGUUUAAAUGAGAGGCGUCUGCUGAUAUUGUUGUUAGGUUAGAAUGUAGAUCUCUUAUGCUGUAUUUCUUACUGUCACUUCAUAAAUAGAUCCCCUCUCCCUUCGCCUUUAAAGUUGUCAUUUCAAUACAGUAUUUAUUUAGUUUAACGACUGUUUCAAUUUGAUAAUGAUCAUCUGUCAAGUCUACAGUCACAGAACAAUGCAGUUUGAUCAUUCAUUGUUGGAUUUUUCAUUAAGGCAUUAUGACGCUGAACAAACGUGCAUGAAAAUAAACAAAACGGUUGCUUCUUCAAAUAAAUUGACUACUUGAGAGAACCAAACGCAGGUAGCAGGGGCCGACAGUAUUUUGCUACAAUUUUUCAGUGACAUGUCCUUUCUAUUACUUCUUCAGAAUAUUAAAACUUUUCAAUUGGAAGUUAAUCAAAUGGAGUACCUAGUACUUUCUUUUGCCUCACGUCAGGACUUUGCAAUUGGGCUUUAGAAUCCUUGUUUGAUUUUGAACAAGGCACCUCAAUUAAAAUUAAUAAUGAUAUGCUUAAAACUUGACACCGAAUUGAGAGUUUUGUACUGUCAUAUACAAGAAAAUAAUAACCACAAGCAAGUGCCCCUUUUUUGACACCUAAUGGAAGAAUGUGGUCAUUAUUCAUUUUGUUUUCCACAGUCCAUAGAAAGAUCGUUAAACUGGAAGAUUACUGUAUUUUUAUUUAUAACUACAUGGCUUACAUUCAGUGUUACUUGAUCUGACAUUUCAUUGUAGUAUGUCGAGAACCAUUGUCUGUUGCUUCUUUGCUGUUUGUUGUAAUAAAUGUUUCUUGGCCAUAAUAGAGACAGCAUCAGUGUAGCUGUACGUAACGCACAUUCGAUGAUGAAAAUGUAUUUUUUUUUACAUUAUUGGUUUAUAUUUAUAAUGCAAGAAAGAAAACAGUAAGUUGGACAAAGUAGCUCAACAUGGAAAAUUUGUCUGGGACAUAUAAAGGAUUUUUUUUAUACUAAAUUUAUAUACUUCUCUUCAUAAAUUAAUUCUUUAAAACCCUCGUUUAUGAAAUUUCAAAAGUGUUUUAUAAAAAAUGUGCAAAAUUUAGAACAUAUGUAGUAACAAAUUUUUUCAGGGAAACCUCUGUAUAAUAAAAUUUUAUAACUAUUGUACAUUUGUUUUAGCGCUUACGUACAUGGUAAAAUCAAACAUAAAGUGUUGCGUAUUGUAGUGACAAUUUUUUUUUAAAAUUACAAUAUUAUCUAAGUCUUGCAAUAAAUAGUUGGAAAAACAACCUUUGUUAAUGAAAUACAAAACAGAUUUAACUAAUUAGUGAAUAUAUCAAUUACAUACCUAACAUUGCUAACAAUGGUAGAACAUUGAUGUAUUUCAUACAGUAGGCAAAUGCUUUAAACACUUUUUCAAUUAUUUGUUUUUUUCUCUAAAAUAUAUUAAAUAAGUAAUUUAAUUAUUUCGUUUAAUUUUUUAAAUGCAGACUUUAUAAAAGAUAAUAAAAUUUAAAUGGGGUAUUACUUUUGUUGCAGAGGAAAGUUAGGUGAAGGAAAAUAAAAAUAAGUUUUUAUACUGAGAGGUGGAACUGAAAAUGCCUUGUGUAAUAUUAAACUUUUACUAAGCUACCCCAGUUUUUUAUUCAUUGUAGACAGAAGAGUUUAGGAUGUUUUUUUUAUGUGUGGAAAUUUUACUGUAAAUUAAAAUUAAUAGAUGAGACUCGAGCAAAAUGGUGCUGAAUAAAGUGAAAUGUAAAAUAAGUCUGUAGAGGGAGAGGGAGUUAAAAUUGGAGGGAAGGUUUCAAAACUAGACUUUGUUAUUUUAUGCAUUAAAAUUACUACAUAAUAACAAAAGAAAAUUUGUAUAACUUAUUUGUUACAGUUUGGUGUAAUGAAGGCAUUACCAGAAUAUACCUUGCACCAUUUACAUGUGUACAAGAUGAUGUGUCACUAAAUGUGACAGUAAGUUAAAAUAGUCCAUUAUAGCUACAUAUACAGUUGUAUAUUUGGUUUUUACAUGUUGGUAUGAAAUUUUAUGGUGCAUUUGUAACUUGAUCUCUGCUAUGAGUUGUUGAAAAAACUUUUCAGAUUAUAAAUGUGUGUGUUGAAUGUUUAUGUGUGUAUGUAAGAGUGGUCAUAUUUUGCAUAAAGUUUAUGAAUCAUGUACAUAUUGUAGAUUUUUAAAUUUCUACCAUUGAUUAUUCCAUGAUCAUUUCUACUGUGUUUUUAUAAUGUGCAAUGAAAAAUGAGGAAAUUUAAUUAGCAACAUUUUUAGUGAGUUGGAUAAGUUCUUUAGUAUUUUGCUGUGUAUGCAGAUUUCAAUGCAUAUAUUUGUAUGAUUACAUAAUAUAAACCGAUAGGUUUUAUACCAAAUAGCAACCACUAAAACAGAUUUAUUAUUAUUAAUGAGAUUCAAAAUGAAUUUGAAGACAAAAUGUGUAAUUAAACAUGAUGCUGAGUAAUUGACAUUAAUUCAUUGAUUAUUUCAGUUAUUUUAACUGUAUAAGUUUGUAGUCUGGUUCUGUUAGUAGAUUCAUUAAUAAUUUUGAAGUACUUUUCCAUCUUGUUACUUACAGUAUCUGAUAUUUCUGUCCAUAAAUUUCUAUGUAUAAAGUGCUUUACUUCUAACAAAUUUUUUAAAACAUUGUACAUAAGUUACUGAAUAAUUUUCAUACAAUAUUUUUAGGCAGUAUAUUUUUAUUGUAUAUAAAGUUUAAAUCCUUAACCUAAUUUACCUUAUGAAAUUUGACAGUCUUGAUCAAAAAAUAAAUAUUGCUGUUGGUUUGCUUACUUCACAAAAUAUACACAAUGUAAAAACUAUUUUUGUUUUUAUUCAAUAAUGCCCUUUCUAAUUUCAUAAUGUUUCUGCAUUAAAACCAGUUCUUAGGGUGGUAUUCCAAGAUCGUUGGGUAACUAACUACCUUGUUGGGAUAAAACCGUAACUUAACUCACUGGUCAUAUUUCAGAACGUGUCCAAACCGAAUCCCAAUAGGAAACAGAAUAGCAACCAUUUUAAUAAACUGUACCUUGCGCGACUUUUCACAACUAUUGAUACAGUUGUUACAGCAAAAUUACUAGAGAUAGUAGCAGUAUCGCACAAAAAUAGAAUUUUCUCAAUUACAUUAUAAGUUCCAAUUAUAUCUUAUAACUGUUAAAGUUUACAAUGUAUUCCAGGAUAGUUGUGCCAUCAUAAAUUCAUUUGGCACGCCAACACGCUUGGUACAAAAGUGGCUAUACUAUAUAAUGGCGCCAGACACUGAGCUUUCACUUGGACAUUAUCAACGGAAAAGUGAGCUCUGCGAAUGUGCGGGUAGUUUGAGCAACAGAUAGGUAGCAGAUAGGACACCAAAAUAAUCUUAAAGGUUUGGAAGCGUUUUUGUGCACUAGGAAUAUGUUUUAGGGUACAGGUGUAGCAUAUUCAACGCCUAAACCAUUUAUUUUUAUGUCUUGGAAUACCGGGCUUAAGUUUCAAAAGUACAUGGAAUACUACGUGAUAAGAAAGCUAAAUUGAUUGUAGUACAGUGAAAGGUCUUUAAUCCGACAUUCUAUAGUUCGGCUCAUUCUGCAAUCUAGCACGAACCAAGUUGCUCAAGCUCAAAUCUUUUUUUGUGGAUUCUGACUGUUGACCUUGGUCACAUUACUGUGCUGCCUGUGUUAUAGUUCAGAGUUAAUAGUUACUGUAAGUUUUCAUUUCAGUACAGUGUUUCCUGUUUUUGAUGUGUUAUAUUUUACAUUUCAGUUUUUUACAUAUGGUAUCCUCAUUUAAACUAGCAUAUUGACAUUAGAAAAUCUGAUAUAAUUGCUAGUCUGGUAUGGUCGUGGUCUUGAACAUGCUGGAUUUAAUAUGUACCUUCUACAGUACACUUCACGAAAGUAUUUAUACAAUUUCCUAGUUAAGUAAGUAGAACUAUGUAAGUAUCACUUAUUUAUGAACUGAAAAAUGCUGUUAUUUUACACCAAUCAACAGAUACAUAAACUAUAGUAAUGGAAAAUCUCUGUUGAAUUUGUUAAUGGGCAAAAAUCGACCAAAGGGGUAGAAAUGGGGACGGUUGGUUUGAAAAACAUUAAAAUGUCUACAACUUAAUAUGACAAACAUCACAUUCAUAUGAAGUUAUAAUAUUUUGGUAGAUUAAUACCAAACACUUUGUCUGAAAUAAUUUUUAUGCGACCAACCAACUGCAAGGGUUGGAAAGAAUAGCGGUUGAAGGGGGGAAAAUCCACAAAACUUUUAUUUGGCACACAAUCAAAUAUGUUAAAACUGUUUGUAAACCUUAUACAAACCAUUGCUGCAAAGGGUGGAAAAAAACAGGUUAAAAUACUCUUUAUUGGAUAUACUAUAAAAUGUGUUACAAUUAAAAGUAAAUCAUCUAAAUAUUAUCUAAAACGUUUGUCUGAAUAAAAUUUUUUGAAAAGACAAACUAUUAGUCCAAGGAUUAGAAAAAUGGUUUAAAGUACACAAAAAUAAAAUAAACUUCCUUAAUACGUACAAUAACAGAUUCGUUAACACAUUAUAAUCCUAAACAUCUUAAACCUUAGCCGAAAACAAAUUUUUGUAUGAACACUUAUAGUAGGGGAACUAAUGAGGCUAGAGGCUAAGUGGGGAUUUGCUCGAGCAUCGUGGGGACCUCUUGGAUUUUGAAGAUUAGAUGAUAGGAAGAAUAAAAGGUUAUAUAAUCUUUUCUCUUUCUGCUGUGGGGGAAGCCUCUACAGGUUUUCAAAAAUGUAUAAAUAAACCAUCACAUAGAAAUACUUGAGCGUGUCAGAUAUUGAUAGUUUAGGUGCCUCAACAUAUCUCUGAUAUCAAAAAUAUACUAAUCUGCCGGCUUACGUGGUGGGGGUGACCAUCCAGAAGGGUAGAAAAUUUAAAAAAAUAUAUUUUCGAGUGCAUAAGAUAUUCAGAGGGGAUGUUAAGUGAACCCUAAAAAUGCUCCCAAUCAAAAGACUGACGAUUUGGAAGUGAUGCAAGCUUGUUGCGAAUUUUUGAAAAUGCAAAAAAAAAAAAAAUCACAUUAUUCAAAUACUCGAAUGUGUCAGAAUUUUAUACAGAUGGUUCAGCUUGAUGUCCCAGUCGUUCUAGUCUAAAAUCUGACAGGUAGAAAAGUUUUUUUCUAUGAAUGUUUUUUUUUUUAUAAUCAUGAAAUAUGACAAAUAAAAGCACAUAUAAUUAAGUAGAUAUUUAGAAAUAUAAUUUAUUCAGAAAAAUAAUUUAAAUAAAAUAUAAUUGUUGAAUAUAUACAUAUUUUUUUCAAUCUUCAUCGUCAUCCGAGGAAUUAUCGUUGUACUGCAAAUAUACUGAUUCAACUGGGUCGUCAAUAUUAACUGCGGUUUCCAUAUUUGUAACAAGAAAUCGUCAUAACACUUAACAAUAUUGUAUUUAUUCCAUGAAAAGCACGUUCUUAAAGUAUUGAAAAGAAAUAUACCUAAAUCAGAAGUAUCUCCUAGAAUAACUGGUGUUAUGAAAACAUCUUCACAGGCUUCUGGUAGGUGAUUACAAACGAAUCAGGUGCGAGAGAGUCUGAGAUAGGGAAAAAGUGAAAGUGAAAAAGGCAUGGAGUGGGGAAUACAAGCUUUACCCUAGCUGCACGGACUAAAUUUUUUAGACAAUUUUUGUUACUUCGGCUUGUGGAAAUCGGCAGAUUAUAUUUUCCCCGUUAUUUUUGCAUUAUUUCCUUGAAAAUAAAAAAAAUCAACCACGCUAGGGAAUGUCAAGACGACUUUUUUUUUUGCAAGUUUGUGACCCUCCCACUUCCUUAUGUUACGCUCAAAUCAUCAGAUUAUUGAGCUGCAUACUUUUCAGCUAGUAAUUAACCCACCUUACCUUAAUUUGGCGCGCUUGAGUAUUUAUGACGAUCAAUUUUUUUUUACCAUUCUGAUGGGUUGCCCUAGACACACGCUCCUAUAUAAGGGGCUUGUGGAGAUACUCAACAAAGUGCAAGGUAUCCUCGCUUAUGUUCAUCUGCUGCACUCGAGGAAAUCCCAAAAUCUAUUGGGCUCCCUUACUAUUAUUAGUGUAAUGAAUGAUAUAUAGUAAUGUAGUAAUGUAUGAAAGUAAAAAAAAAUAAACAAGCACUUAAUAGCAAUAGUGUGAAAUCUGUUCUAGUUAUUCUAUGCUGAAUGAAUUGAAAAAAAAAAAUCAAAACAAUUUUGCCGUAUUGAAUAUAAGAAAAUGCUUAUACAAUAAUUUUGGAAUUGGAGAAUAUGUAGGAAGUGUACAUCAGGUUCUCAAAAUGUUCCAGAAGUUUCUAGAACAUUCCAGGAUAAAUAGAUACCUACUUCAAAAUAGGCACGUGUUCCUGUAGAAUGUGUCUAAUUUGGGCUUGUGUUCAGAAGAUCCAGUAAUUUUAUGGAGUAGGUGCUCUUUCGUAAAAAAAAAUUAUAAUUGUAUUUUUGAGUACUGAACCACACCAUUUAGCAAUUUUAAAUUGCCUAACCUAUCGUAACCAAACACACUAUUUAACUGGGCCUAUAACCCAAAACAUGAUAUAAUAUUCUGGGCAUUUUCAACAACAUAACUCAAAUACAAACACAGAAUUGGUAAUGUCUAUAAAGUGGGCUGAACAUCUUAAACCACUGUCUUUGAGGGGGAGAAGAGUGUGAGUGGUAAGCGCGACAGAAGGGAGAGUCACUUUCGACACAUCGAUAAAAUUAAACAUUAAGGUGGGUUUACAACUGAAAA